AUGUGGCCCCAUCCAUCGCCGUACGCAGACCACCCUUCCACACCUGUAUGUUGUGAAUCGUAUUCACGAUUGGGCUGCCCCAAGCCACAAAAGGAUCAUGCUGUGAUCAUGUGUCGAUUUGCGCGAGACUGCAUGAACCGAAUGAGUGAAGUCACUGCUGAACUGUCUGGCACCCUUGGAGAAGACACGGCAACCCUGGGCUUUCGAGUUGGCUUGCACAGUGGACCUGUCACCGCAGGAGUGUUGAGGGGCCAAAAGGCUCGAUUUCAGCUCUUUGGAGAUACGACUGCUGCCCGCAUGGAGAGCAAUGGUGUCAAGGGGAAAAUUCAUGUGUCCCAGUCUACGGCAGAUUCUUUGAUUGCCCACAACAAGGGUGACUGGCUUUCGGUGCGAGAAGACAAGAUCACGGCCAAGGGGAAGGGUGUCAUGACAACCAACUUUGUGACUCCCAGGUCUGCUGGCCACCUUGCUGAAAGUUUUGGAGCUUCCCGUCGUAGUGGAUUUGACAGUUUCGAACUGGAAGGGGAAGCUAUGAAGAGAAAGCCAGAAUUGUAUGCCAAUGUUAUGGAGGUCUUGAUUUUAAAAUGA